AUGUACAAACCACACCUGGCACCUCUCAUUUUCUUUAUUUUUACAUCUUCCUUUGCAAUAGAAAUUUCGUUUAUGUUAUUAGCAGCACCUAAAAAAAGACCAGAAUUUCAAAGGAGUUUAAGAGAUUUAAAUGAAGUACUUAAAUAUAAUUCUGAUAAUGUUCAUUUAAGAUUAUUAAUGUUAAAAGGAUGCCAGUGUGACUUUCCUGAAUUUGAUAAUGCAUUAAAAAAUUUUAAUAACAAUUAUCCUCAUUUACAAGUACAACAAUUUGUUGUAACUGGGGAUGAAAAACAAAGAGAUUAUAACCAAAAUUUUGUAAAUGAAAUGUAUCAAGCUAUAGACUAUCUUUACAAACGUCCUGAUUGGGUUAAACCAGCAAAACUUAAGAAACACUAUCUUAUUAAUGGAUAUUAUUAUGCAAUGGCUAAAUACUUAUUUCAAGAAACAAAAACAGAUUUGUUUAUUUAUCUGGAAGAUGACCAAACAUAUGAUCAUGAAUUAAUUAAAAAAUUAGUUGAAUAUUAUAGUUCAACUAAUUUUGAUGACUAUUGUUUUGAAAAAGUUACACCAUAUACUUAUGCCAAAAUACCUCCUCAACCAAAUACAUCUUAUUUGACUCGUCAAUGGGGGCAUUAUGGGUUAGUGAGAACAAGAAAACAAAUGGCAGAAUUUUUUAGGAUGAUGAAAUUUCAACGAUAUUUUGAAUCAGGAGAUGCUCUUUCAGGAGAUUUCUGUAAGGUUAUAAAGAAGAAUUACUUCGUAAUGAAUUUAUCACGACACUUUGGUAAAGACAAAAGAAUCCCAAAAUAA